UGAAGACAGAUUUUAUGAUAAGAGGAACAGAAGGCUUUGCCAUUUCCUGUGGUUGAUGAAGAGGAAAGGCAUCACAAAAUGCAGAACCUGACUGAAUUUCCAGGUAAUGCAACCUCCCACAAAAGCCUCUCUGUCAUCAUCAAGGUGUGUGUGGUCAUCCCCUUCUUUUGUGUCUUCCUGUGCUGCAUUGGUGUCAUGCUGCAUAUCUUUGCAUCUCACAGACAGUUCCUGGACACCUCUCGUUACAUCUUGUUUGCCUACAUGCUCAUUAAUGACACCCUCCAGCUCUUGUCCUCUGUACUGCUCUUUCUCUUUGUCAUGGGUCAGGUGAAGUUUGCGAUGGUCUACUGUGUUCCUCUGCUGUUCAUUUCCACCGCCACUUUCCAAAACACACCUUUAAUCCUGGCCACAAUGUCGCUGGAGCGUUAUGUUGCCAUCUUCUACCCCUUACAGCGUCCGGCAGCCUGGCGCUCAGACCGCAUCUGGGUUAUUGUUUUCUCUCUGGGGCUCAUCAGCUGCACCCCCCCUCUCAUUGACCACGCCAUUAGGGAACAUGACCCUGCUGUGGAUGUUUUCUCUACCCCUUUGGCUUGCAAAGCUAACGUUGUAAACUCAUCUCCAAUCCAGACAUUAUUCAAAGCUUCUAUGAGUAUUCUGUUCUUUGCAGUAGUGGCUGUUAUCAUCCUCUUUACAUACGUGAGAAUCUUGCUGGAGACCAGGAAUCUGAGACAAGAUGGAGCGUCUGUGAGCAAAGCCAUGCACACUGUGCUGCUGCAUGGCUUUCAGCUGCUGCUGUCCAUGAUGGCCUUCACCAGCCCUAUCACUGAAACUCUCAUUGUUCUUCAUGUGGACUGGUUACCACAGGACAUUGCCUUUUUUAAUUACUUCUGUUUUAUGCUGAUUCCACGCUUUCUUAGCCCACUCAUCUACGGGUUCAGAGAUCAGAUUCUCAGGGGCUACAUCAGGAAAACAUUUCUCUGCUGCUCAAAAAAAGUGAAACCCCACAUUAGAGGCAAGCUAUAGGACAACUUCUCUGCCUCUUGAAAUUGUUAUUAUGGGUACAUAAUUUCUGGUGAUGAUGCAUUUGUGAUGUUUGAGGGGAUCCAAAGAGUUGAAAUAUCUUUAGAGAAAGCUGAAUUCAGCAUCCAGAAAGCAAAAUCUCAGCAGGGUAUUACAGGAUGUCAGAUGCGAUGUGGCACUUUGUUGCACUUUUACAAACUGUACAAAAAGCAGGGUCAUCUCCAGAAGCCCUGUAUAUGUGUGAUUUGUCUUCAUAAACUCAUUUAUAGAGCCAUGAUGUUGCAUUGUUCUUAUACAUAAGAUUAUAUAAAGAUUUUCAGAUAUUUUAGACUGAUGGUUAAAUAAGAGAAAAGUCUAAUCUAAUCUCUGGACAUAAAAUGACGAAGAACUGAUUCAACUGUGUUACGCUCAGUAAUCACGACCCUUCAGUGAAUGCAUUGGCAUGUCUUAUGUCUCAUAGAUCCUGCUGUGUUAAACAUAAACCAGACCUUAUUUCUGUGCCAACAGCAUCAAUAAAGAUGACUUAAUUGUGUGAGUGAGAUUAAGGUUAACUUUGUUGGGCUGGCAUACUGCAUUGAUCAUGCAGGAUUUGUCAUUA